AUGGCCGUGCUUUAUCUCGUCGGCAUCUGGGUGGUUUACCGUAUUCUGGUGACCCUAUACAAUAUCUCACCCCUCCAUCCUCUAUAUCGAUUCCCCGGUCCCAAGAUAGCGGCGGCCACGUAUGCCCACGAGGCAUACUAUGACUGGAUUCUUGUUGGGCAGUAUAGCAACAGGAUUCGCAAGAUGCACGAAGCAUAUGGUCCCAUUGUACGCAUCAACCCGGACGAGCUUCACUGUUCCGACCCAUACUUCACCAACGAGAUAUACGCCGGCUCAGGCCGCGUCCGGGACAAAUGGGAGCACCAGCUCAACACAGGCGCCGCGGGUCCCGUCUCCGUCUCCGUCUUAUCCACCGUCCACCACGAGCUGCACUGCCUCCGUAGAGGCGCCAUAUCACGCUUCUUCUCACGACAGCAGAUGCUCAAGCUCGAGAGUGAAGUGCACGAAUUUGCCCAGGUUUCCGUCGAUAAGAUGCUCCGGUACGCCGGGAAGGAGCCCUUGGACGUCACGGAUGCCUUUAACUGCUUCACGGCCGACAUCAUCUCGCAAUACGCCUUUGGCGAGCCCCUGGGUUUCGUCAAGUCUCACCUGAAAAGCGCCUACAUGCUGCGUCAUAACACCUUGGUCCGAAAACUGGCCCAUUUCCUGCCGCUGCUCUCUGACUACAUGGGUGAGGAUGUCAAGGCGGUUAUGCGCCUGAUGAACGUCACCAUCCCACAAUAUAUCAGGGCUUCGCUGGAAAACCCGGGGAAUGGCAGGGUCUUCGCUGAUCUGAUGUCGUCCAAACACUUGCCCGAGGAAGAGAAGACUCUGUACCGGCUGUCGGGCGAGGGGUUUCUCUUUUUGUUUGCCGGUAUCGAGACCACCACGGGAAUCCUCACCUGGCUCACCUACUACCUCCUUGCCCAACCCGAGACGUAUGCGAAAUUAAUGGAGGACCUGCAAGGCCUGGACCCAACGCAUCUCAAGUGGACCGAACUCGAGCAGCGUCCCUACCUAUGGGCCGUUAUCCACGAAUCGUUGCGCAUGAUGCCCGGUGUCGCUCACCGUUCCGCCCGUAUCGCCCGUGAGGAGGACCUGGUGUAUAAGAGCAGAGACGGCAAGACCGAAUGGGUCAUCCCCCGAGGCACCCCCAUUGGUAUGACCCCGAUGAUCAACCACUGGAACACCGAGCUAUUUCCCAACCCGGACGAGUUUAUACCUGAGCGGUGGCUGGUGGACGGCAAGCCCAACUAUAACUUGCAGAAGAUGUUGAUCUCGUUUGGAAAGGGAAGCCGGUCGUGCAUUGGCGAGAACUUGGCCUACUGUGAGGUCUAUAUCAUGACCGCCCUCCUAGCAUUUCGUAUUCUUCCAAGGGCACAGCUUUACGAGACGACCAUCGAGGAUCUUACGUAUGACCAUGAUCUCAUCGUACUCCAGACCAAAAAGGGGUCGAUUUCCGUCCGCAUUGCCAUUUCGUAAUCGGCUUCGGCAGCCCGCUCGAUGUCGCCGUUCAGUUAUGGUACCGGUGUCCGUUGAAUGGCGCCCGCAUCAGCCGACUAGAACAGCCA